AUGUCUUUCCAGACACCCGCCUCUGUCCCUCCCAAAAGAAACCUCCUGGUUCCACACAAACGCAGCCUGUUGCCCGUCAACUCACUACACAAACAGACCACGCUCAACCCGAGUGCCACACCAGCUGAGAUCCAGUUCCGACGUCCUGUUUUUUCGUCUGUGGGCGAAGACGCAGAGAAGAAAAGACAAGAAGACGAUGCUCAGGAACAGGAUCAGACUGGUAUUAGUCAACGAACAGGGGGGGAAGAGGUUGUUCGUAUAGAAUUCGACUCGUCGCAGGCGCCGCAGCCAUUUCUUGAGCCAGAUGUUUUGGAGCGGAUUCGGGAGAGGCAGAGGCAGAGGGAGAAGGAGGCUCUACAGAAUACAGCUUCGAGGGGUACCACUGAUGCUCCAGGGGCUGGGUUGGAUACAGAGAGGGAGAUUCGCAGGAGGGCGGUGCAGACAGAGUAUGGUCGUAUGGCGGUUAGAGGGAGGAUGGCUGUGGGAAUGAUAAUUCAAUUACGACAUUUGUACCGAUUACAACUGCCAUUGACUCGAUUCCCACUGAUUGUCGCAUACUCCACAAAAACAGCCUCAAAAAUGCCUCCCAGGAAGCGCAAGUCGCCAGACUCGUCACACACCGAAGCCUCAUCGUCGGCCAAACGAACCAACACGUCAACCUCUAACGGACAGCUGCAGCAACAAAAUAGCCAGGAAAACGACAUCAACGCUCCUCACCAUGGUGCACAACAAGCCGAGGACUUUGGCAUCGUUCUACGCGAGUUCUACCCACCGGAGAUGAGCAACGCUCGCUGCGAAGCAUACAACAACGGCACACUGCCACGCCCGAUCGAGGUGCUCAACAGGGCCUACGAAGAAACGGAAAAUGCGAGGAAAGCAAUCAGCCCCCAAAAUGCAGUCGUGCAUUGGUUCAAGACUGAUCUACGACUAAAAGAUAACCGGUCGUUGAAGGUGGCGUAUGAGACGGCCAAGCAGAAUGAUAUACCCCUGAUAUGUUUGUAUAUCUUGUCGCCACAGGAUUUGACGGCUCACUUGCGCAGCCCCGCGCGGGUUGAUUUUGUGUUGCGGAAUCUGGAAGGGUUGAAGAAGGGGCUUGCAGAGUUGGAUAUUCCGUUGUACAUGGAAACACAGGAGGUGCGGCGCAAUGUACCGGGAAGGGUUGUUGAGUUGUGUGAGCAAUGGGGGGCUAGCAAUCUGUUUGCCAAUAUCGAGUAUGAAGUGGACGAACUGAGACGGGAGGCCAAGCUGGUCAAGCUAUGCUGCGACAAGGGUAUUUCCUUUGAGGCUGUUCACGAUACCUGCGUUGUCACGCCUGGAGCUCUGGAAAGCCAACAGGGCAGACAGUAUGCAGUCUACACCCCGUGGUAUCGGUCCUGGAUGACAUAUCUCCACGGACAUCCAAAGAACCUAGAUGUGGUAGACGCACCUGGCCAAAACGCCGGAAAAGCCCGCACGCAUUUCAAAGACCUUUUUGAUAGCGAGAUCCCAGAUGCGCCAGAGAACAAGCGUCUCGGUGAGGAAGAGAAGCAGCGAUUCAGCAAACUGUAUCCCGCAGGUGAAGACGAGGCGAUGAGCCGGCUGGACAGUUUUCUCGAAACGAAAGCUACCGACUAUGGAAAGAUGCGUAGCAUGGUGUCUGGCCAGCACACGUCGAUCCUCAGUCCUUAUUUUGCGGCUGGGGUACUGAGUGCCAGGGUCGCUGUGGCCAAGGCCAAGGACGCCAAUGGGGGGUAUCUAGAUGGGAAAAAUGCUGGGCUGGCAUCGUGGAUCAGCGAGGUGGCCUGGCGCGAUUUCUACCGGCAUGUGCUGGUACACUGGCCAUUUAUCUGCAUGAACAAAUGCUUCAAACCUGAAUACACCAACGUCGAAUGGGAAUACGACACGGACCUGUUCAACCUCUGGACCCAAGGCAAAACCGGCUUCCCAAUUGUCGACGCCGCCAUGCGCCAAAUCAAACACGAUGCCUGGAUACACAACCGCAACCGCAUGAUCGUUUCGUCGUUUUUGUCCAAGGACCUAAUGCUCGACUGGCGCCGCGGCGAACGGUACUUUAUGGAGCAGCUGAUUGACGGCGACUUUGCGUCGAAUCAUGGCGGAUGGGGGUUUGGGUCGAGUACCGGGGUAGAUCCGCAGCCUUAUUUCCGUGUGUUUAAUCCGCUGCUGCAGAGUGAAAAGUUUGACCCAGACGGAGAGUUUAUUCGGCAGUGGGUGCCGGAAUUGAGAGAGAUCAAGGAUCGUAAAGCGAUUCAUGAUCCGUAUGGCCGGGGAGCGGGCGCUGUGGCACAAAAGGCUGGCUAUCCGAAGCCCAUUGUCAACCAUGCUGAGAGUCGGGAUCGGGCAUUGAAGCGGUAUAAAGAGGGGAUAGCCAGGGACAAGCCGUGA